UGUAUUAUAUGGUAUUAUACAAUAGCCCCAUUAUCUGGAUGCAAAGGGCAUAACUCUCAGUCUCGUCUUCGCCCACAUGCGGUGCAGUUGGCACAGUCGAAAAUUUACGGGCGCGAAAGGAGAAUUUAAAAUUGCCGCGAUGUGAUGCAUUAUUUACUUCUAGUUUCGUGCAAUAUUCCUACCAAGGACAAAUACUACUCCAGUAAAAAAGCGUGUUUUCUGCGUUUGGAAGUAUUUAUAGUAUGGCUUGGUGAUGGACAGCGCUGCUGGCACACUGGGCCGUAGAGGUCCCAAGAGUAACACAGGGAUGCGGCGCCAAAGAAGUCUGGAAUGGAGGCAGGAGAGAGGCUACAGCUCCAGCGAGGAAGAAAUCACUACCAGACCAGUAGAUAGCCAUGUGUUUGCUUCCCUCCUAGCACAGGCUCAGCAGGAAUAUCAUUGUAUAGAUCGGUCGUACCGGUCCGACGAUACGGAGGAUGCCGUGACAACAGACAACCCGACGACUCCUUUCCCGACGCCUCCACCCACUGUGAUGUCCCCGCGGUCUCCUCUACCCCUGCAUAGGCAGGCAUCUCCAUUUCCGCUAGAGAACACAAACUCCAGGCGGAUCAUAUACGCAACGCCUCAGGAUCGACUCCGUGGGAACAACGGGGAGGUUGUGUAUGGAAGCAACAAGAAAACCCUGUCGAAUAACACCUUGGGGCGCAGCGGCAGACGCCACAGGAGCGCCACAGGGGCAGGAGGCAUGACGUCUUCGAGCAGUGCAACGUCUUGCAACAGUUGCACGGACAGCGGACGCAAUGAUAUUACUUACCAUGGCGAACCGCAACAGAGGCUUUGUCUAAAUAAUGAUGUGAACGAAGAAUCUCCGCCGGAGCCUGCACCCCCAGAGGUCCCCCCUCGUGGACCUUCACUGCAUGCGGCCACGUUGAGACGUAGGGCAGAUUACAACCUUCCAGUCGGUGAAGCGAGCCAGAACGGACAGCAGGAGUCCCAAUUCCUGUCCCAAGGAGGUCAGUUAAUUAGUAAUAGGAAACGUCUAUCCUCACUAUAAUUUAGCUCGUCAGCAGUUAACUCACUAAGCCAGUCGCUGAAUACUAAUUCACUGUUGCUGUUGCAAUUUAUUGACAGUCUCACAGCAUCACUUUUCUUCUUUCCUUCCCUCUGGCCUUACUUCCUUUGUGCUAUUUCGUAAGCCCUUCUGAGGAAUCCUCCGCGCACCGUCGUCACUUUUUCUGACGCCACCUCUAAUCCUUGAGCACAGGCCGUAACUCAUCAAUUGUACGCAAAUGACGUUAUCAAUAACGGAACUCGAUAUUGAUGCCUCUCUCUUUCUCUCCCUUCAUAUUUUUUUUUAUACGACCGACCGCCCUUAUUCUCACGCCCAUUGCGGCUUAAAAAGAAAACUCCUUAAUCAACAACACUCUGAUUCCACAUCGCAAUAUUUCAUAAAAAUCAAUAUCUCACUAUUAUUAAGACAUUCUCCCCGGUGUCCUAUUUAUGCACCAACCACGAA